GGCCCCGAACAGGAGGUGGAGUGGUGCCGCGCGUGUCGGUGUGGUGAGCAAGUGGGGUUUCGUAUCCGAGAAGAGGAUCUUGUGGAUGCGGAGCAAAGGGGCGAGGGGGAGGUGCUUGUUGGGUGUCAGGGGUGUAGUUUGUGGGUCAGAGUUGGGUUUGGAGUUGACGAGGGCUGAGGUCGGGAGAAGGGGGGGAGAUGUGUGAAAGCAUGUGUGCGCGGUGCGGAUGAUGGUGUUGUGUUGCCUUCAGCCUGGUGCUCUGAUGCAGCUUGCGCACGGCAUCUGCUGGGGUCGCGGGAGGCGAGGAACAGGAUAUACGAGCUCGUCGCGUCGAGCAGGCGACUAUUUGCACUGGAAUGGUUUUUGCUAUCUUGCGUACAAGUGCUCACGGCCUGGAGGUAGCCGCGGUGUCUGUCAUCGCCCACAACACACCCCAGCUCGACGCCGAAUACAGAUCACCAUCCACGGCUUUGCAGGUCCCCAGUCCAAUAUACACUUCGUCGCCGUCCUCAUCCAGCUCGUCGCGGUCCUUGACGCGCUCCCCCGUCUCUGCGAAGUGGUCAUGUUGAUCGCCUCGGCCCAGGCCUCGGGAAGCUCCAGAUGAGCGACGUUACCGCAGAUUGCCAGCUCGGCGCGCAGGAGCUUCAGGUGCUGUGCUAGAGUGACUCGC